CUAGCUGAAGCUGCGAUUAAAAGAAUGGAGAAAGAUGCAGAAGCACUAAAGGCAGCCAGAGCAGAACUCUGUGAAGCGAGACGGCAGUGGCACCACAUGCAGAUCGAAAUUGAAUCUCUCCACGCUGUGGAAAAGGGUUUGGAACGUUCAUUGCGUGCCACAGAGCAGCAGUACCACAUGCAACUACAAAAUUUAGAAGCUGAGAUUGAAUGCUUAGAGAAAGAGCUACUGGGAGUGAGAAGAGGUAUUGAGAAACAGCUUCAGGAGCAUGAAAUUCUCCUGAACACGAGGAUGAAACUGGAGGAGGAGAUAGCAACGUACCGCAGCCUGCUUGAGCAAGAAGAAAACAGGUUUCGCUGCUCCGUGCCCGAGCAGAAGGAUGACACAAAGCCUGCGAGUAGCAAGAUUGCCUUUACGCUGCCUUCAGAUGGUGCACAGGAGCAUGAAACUGAGAAGGUGGAACUGAUGAGGAAACAAGCAGUCCUAGAGGGAAAUGCUGUGAAAGCAAGCGCAGAAGCUCACGGCACUGUGCAGACAGAAAAAGUGGAUGAAGUUAUUAAAGAGUGGGAAGGUUCUUUCUUUAAGGACAACCCUCGCUUAAGGAAAAAAUCCGUGUCACUGCGCUUUGAUCUCCACCUGGCAGCGACCGACGAAGGAUGUUUGCACACUAAAAAGAAAACUCUUCCCGACAUUGAGGUCAGGCUGGUCAUGAGGAGGUCUUGCAGUAUUCCUUCUAUCAAACCCUAA